CUGACAUUGUUGAAAAGGUAUAUUUAAGAUGAUGUCAACAUGCAGGCAUACUUAUAUAAAAUUGAAUAUUUUGUAAAGAUUAGCUGUCAUUUAUCACUACCUAUAAGGAAGAACACAGGUUCUAUUUUGAUUCCCAUCUAAGCAUCUGUGUCUAUUCUAAAACAAAAUGGCGGCGCCUCAUUCUGAUGUGAUUCAGGAUAAUGUCUUGUCAACUAUAGACGAAAACGAAGAAGACCCAAUGCUGGCAUCGGAAAUCUCAUCGCUUGCUCCAAGUACCAGAACAGAUCUUCCGCCUGAACUAAAAGAUAAACUCACUGUUCAAGGCAAGUCAAAAAUCGAAGAGGCGUUGACGAGGAAGACGAGUAAAAGAUACCUAUGCAUUGUCCCGAUGGUUAAAGUGUUUUCUACGAUGGUUAUUGGGUUUUUGGUGCUUUCUUGCAUUGCUGUUUCCAAAUUUUCUAUAUUGAAUCUCACGCUCAAUAUAACAACAAUGGGAAGUAACUCAAAAGAUAGGAUUAAAAAUACGAGUCGCUUCAUUGCUCUGUAUUUUAUAUUUCUCUGUCCAUAUGUGUUUAAUUUAUUACGUGCCUUGUGGGUUGGUGGAUUGAGAAAAGAUAUGCCAUGGCCUUCUUUGAGAUCCAUUUUAUUGGCAUUUUUUACAAGUAUACUAGAAUGUUGUGGUCUGUGUAUAUUCACCUACAAAAUACUCGGGCAGUUUACCUUAACGACCAAUCUGUUAUUAAUGAACACGGUUUAUGUUCUACCGUUCAUUUUGUCAUACAACCGCAACAAAAUACGUCAUCCACGCCUCAACAAGUGUUCACACAUAGUUUUGUCGUUAUGUGCAUUGGCCGGAUCUGUAUGUAUUUUGAAAGUAGCUUUCGAUGAAAGCACAGAUAAUAACCAAUCUAGAUCAUUCUUCUGGCACGUCAUCGUAGCAAUAGUUACACUGACGGUAGCGUGGUCACCAUUUCUAAAACAGGAGCUAUCCAAGAAUCAAACACAAAUGCGGAAAAACAGCAAAGGAUACACGUCUUUGAAUAAUAAUGGUUCUUCCAUAUCGACCAACGUUUCAUCAAGCUCGGGUUUUUCCAGUUUUGCAAGUUCGGCUGGUGCAUCUGUAACGCCCGAAGAACCUUCAGGAACAGACACCAAAAACAAAAAUAUAACUGACUCUCCCACUUUUUGGAAGAUGGGUAUCAUUAUAAACGCAUUUAACGUGAUAUUUAUCACUUUGUUUAGUUUCGUAUUUUAUUACGCUGAUAAUAGUGUUUACAGGUCUGAUCUGUACUUCACUGAAACAAUGUAUAACGAAUUUCUGGAAGCGUGGCAACUUCCAUGGAAUGACGUAGCACAGAAUCUUGUUUUGAAUCUGAGUACCUCUCUCAUUGGUUACGGAUUGGCUUUCAUGGCACUUCAUGUUUGUAUGCAGAAGGGUGCCUUUAUUUUACCGGUGUUACUCUUCUAUUUACUGUCGCCUAUUUUACUCAUGUUAAACGGCAGUUGCAAGAUCUUAUUUCCACAAGCGGACGUACGGUGUUAUACUAACGACCAACUACCCUUACUGAUAAUCUCCACUGUUCUUUUGUUUACGGCUAUAGCUUUGUAUUCCGUCAACAUAUUUAGUAAAGAAGACAUCGUAUUACAGAAGGAGUCUAAGUUGUUCUGGACACCGACAUAUAACGGUAUGUUAUUAGAUCAAUGUUUGAUGUUAAAUAAAAGAAAUGUAGAAGAGAAUAGUGAAGAUAUUGUUAAUAAUACAAGGGUGUAUAUCUGUACUACUAUGUAUAGAGAGACGGCGGAAGAGAUGAAAAUACUUCUGGAAUCUAUAUAUCGUGUCAACUUGUCUCAGAUGGAAGGAAGUAGAUUUUUUGAAUCUCAUAUUAUUUUUGAUGGCGGUAUCAUAAACAGAUCGCUUACCAGUUUUGCUUUACAAUUGAUUGGCUUGUUAGAACCAACAUUAGGAAUUUCACCAGCCGACGGUACCAAAGUUAUAACACCAUAUGGUAUGAAGUUAAGUUGGAGAUUACCGUCAGAAAGAGGAAAACAAUCCAUGGCCCUGAGUCUUCAUCUUAAAGAUAACCUAAAAGUUAAAAAUAAGAAAAGAUGGAGUCAAGUGAUGUAUAUGUCCUUUGUUCUGGAUUUCCUGAUGGGGGAUGCUGAAGAUGAAGAAUGUUUUAUAUUAACAACGGACGCUGAUGUAAAGUUUACGCCGGAUUCUGUAGAAGCUUUAUUAGAUCUGAUGCUACGUGAUAAGACUGUUGGUGCUGUGUGUGCUAGAACACAUCCCAUGGGAAGUGGUCCGGUAGUAUGGUAUCAAAUAUUUGAUUAUGCUAUAGGUCAUUGGUUUCAGAAGGCAGCAGAACAUGUUUUAGGAUCUGUUUUAUGUGCACCAGGGUGUUUUAGUGUAUAUAGGUGUACAUCUUUGAAAGAUGUUUUACCAGAAUAUGCUACAACUGUUGAACAUGCUGAUGAUUUUCUUACUAAAGACAUGGGUGAAGAUAGAUGGCUAUGCACACUACUGGUUCAAAGUGGCUGGAGAAUUGAGUAUUGUGCUGCUGCUGAGAAUAGUACCAACUGUCCUUCAGAUUUUGAUGAAUUCUAUAAACAAAGAAGACGAUGGAUCGCUUCUACUAUCGCCAAUCUCAUGCUAAUUCUCAGAAAAUGGUAUCUUAUAACCAGUUUUAACCACCGAGUUUCAAUAUUGUUUAUUAUAUACCAAGGGGCAUUACUCUUGUCUACCUUAAUAGGACCUAGCACUAUAAUUCUUCUUGUAUCAGGGGGAUUGGCGUAUUCGUGGAACACAGAUGUAGUGACUUCUAUGGUGCUACAAUUGUUAACUAGUGUUGUCUUUGUUGGUAUCUGUCUAAAAGCUACGUCUACGGUACAGCUACAAGCAGCAAAGGUAUUAACGUUUGCAUAUGCUGUGAUUAUGACGGCCGUUUUUGUUGGUACCCUGGAACAGAUUGCACAAGAUUUAAACAAUUUCCGGGAACCGGUUAGUGAUAACAAUACAUCAUCAACAACAGUAUCUCCACCACAAGCUAUAAGUGUAGAUAUACCGGUGUCAGUAACAACAAUAUAUCUGGGAAGUUUAAUUGCUAUAUUUAUGAUAACAGCUUUAGUACAUCUACAAGAGUUUACAUGUUUACUACAUGGUUUAUGGUAUUUACUGUGUCUACCAUCCGGUUAUGUUAUAUUAAAUCUUUACAGUAUUUGUAAUUUAACUGAUCGAAGUUGGGGUACCCGUGAAGAAAAAUCUCAAUCUGUAACUGUUGUUAGAGAACCAUGGUAUACGACCUUAGCUAGUAUAUUACGUCAGAUAUGUUUUUGCUGUGACAGAAACAAAAAACAGACUGGAAAUAUUGGUAGUGAUGGUAGAGCUCGAACUACCAGUAUCUCCUCUACUGAUCAUGAUGGUCAGUAUGUAGACAGACCUUCUAGAAACCAAUCAAUCAUACCGGAUGAAGAGGACAUAAUGGCCACCACUUCAUUACAAGAAUCUGGCGGUCUUUCUUUGGAAAGUGAUGAAAAUCAGGAAAAUACAGAAGAAGCUUUGCCCAUUGAAAGUUGGUUAACACCAGAUUUAAAGUCAAAGUAUCUUGACCUAUUUAAGAAACAUGGUUAUGAUAAUACUUUAUUUAUAUCCGGUAUGUCGAGUAAAGAAUUGGAGUCAAUGGGCAUUAAAAGUAAAUCUCAUAUCCAUUACAUAGCAGAACAGAUUAAACGAUUACCUUUAUUUGAAAUAGAAUAUGAGGUACCGACAAACGUAGGUCUAUGGCUAGAGAAGAUAGGACUUGAUAUGUACAAAGAAAACUUCAAGAGAAAUCAAAUACGAAAACCAUAUGAGUUACAGAUAUUGAAAACCUACAGUAGAAAAGAAUGUAUGAAAGAACUGUCAAUAUGUAAAGAUGGUCAUAUCAAAAGGUUGAUGUACGCUAUAUCAAAGCUCAGGAACCCAACAGAAGCUGAGAGACAAGCUAAUGAAGUGAAGGCAUAUAUUGAGAUGACACCGAUUCAUUUAUUAAAGGAAUCAAACGUUGGCGAAAAUAUUUUCUGGAAGUCUCUUAUAGAUCAAUGUUUGACCCCAGGUCAAGAAGCUUUCAGUAUUGAGGUGGAACUUAAAGAUGCACUAAAUAAUUUACGAUCAUUAUGGUUGAUGGUAUUAGCGGUUACCAACACUCUAUGGUUAAUUCUAAUAUCUACAAUGGCUAGUAAAGUCGAUUUAACUGUUGUUGGUGCAAACCCAAUUGGAUUGGCUUUCGUAGUGAUUUUUGGAAUCAUAUUUGUAAUUCAAUUCUUGAGUAUGUGGGUACAUCGCUUUCAAACAUUAACUCAUUUCUUAGCUAGAGCACCUUAUAAAUGUGGAAGUCCGUAUAGAUCCACUUGGACAUUUAAAGACAUUGAUCAGACCGGUGUUCGAGAUACUGGUGAUAUAGAAGCUAUUACCAGCUUAAAAGAUGCCGAAAGACAAGCAAAGCUAAAACAAAUAAAAAGAGCUGAAUCUAUUAGAUCAAAUACAAGCUCAACAGAGAAAACCCCCCUCAUUGAAUCUAGAGUUCUUUAGUAUGAUAUUUGAAUUCUUACAUUCACCUGAGAAACUUGAAAACGUUUGAAUAGAAGGGUUGGAGAAGAUCGACAACACGUCCCUGCAACUUUUCAUUUAUGUGAUAUAGAUAUAUGUAAUAUAAAUGUAGUUAAUUCAAUGGAAUAUAAUUUUCCUAUGGCUGUGUCAAAAUAUUUAGGAAGAAUGAAACCGAAAUAUGUGAUUGUUUUAUUAUGGAAUAAGAGCAAGUCGCCAACAUUUUAUUUCAAAUAGUGACAUUUGACGGUUUGCCCCCCCCCCACCCUGGUCAUUUAAAGAAACAUUAUGCAAGAAUUUGAUCAGGAGUGGGCCAUAUGUGCUCUAGAUCAAUCCUGAAUAAAGAAAAAUAAUUAUAUUGAAAUUUUCAGUCAAAUUACUUUCAGUUGUGUAAAGUUAUGAGUGUUUGGCGUAGAUUGUUCAUUAUCGUAGCAAUGGUACUUGACAAUCGAGACUUAAGUCUCGAUUAUCUAUUUUAUCGUUUGGCCGCGGUGUUGUAAUCUACUCAAAAUUGCACAUAUUCGAUUGUUCAGAUAGUUGAUAAUGGGCUUAUCAUGAUAAUUUACAGUAUAUAUAACAUUUGAUGCCAGUAAAAAGAGCAAUAGGCAGAUUUAGCUCUUACAUAAUGCAUCUUUACUAUAUUGAUUGACGGUUUUAUAAUAUCGUAUGUACUAAAAUGUACAUAAAAGUUAACUUUUGGGUUAAAACUGUUGUUAAAAUUGUAUAGUUAUUAGAAUGUCGUGUAUGUUUUGAGUAAAUAUAGCGAAUAAUAAUAAUAUAUAUAAUGUUCUUACUUACAUGUUCCAUUGUAGACACAGGUUUAUGAUUUAUUGUGCGUUUGGAAUAUUUUACAUAGGUAUACCGUAUAUAUUGUACAUGAAAAAGCAGUGACUUGGAUUGUUUGUUCCUAACAGCAAAUGAGGUUUAAUGUUCUACAUGUACGUAAUUACAUCAACAGGGCUAAUGAAGACGGGCAUAUGCCAUGCAGUAUGCUAUGAGGGACCUUUUACCUGGACAGCGGCCUACUCUUUUUUCGAAUUCCAACUACCAAGCGUUCUUUUACGAGCAAGCAAACGUGUACACGAGACCCCGGUUUUAGGCCGAUUCGAACUACUAGACACCAUUCCUUGUCAGACACCUUACAAUAUAAAAAUGAAAGUAUGCAAUGAGUGAUAUUUCCUCAUUUAGGUGUUGCCUCUUUGAUUUUAGAUUGGGAUUUCUAUGAAUUACACAAGUAAUAGAUUGAUAAACAACACUGAAUAAUUUGUUCAGUCUAAUUUAAUUUUAAUGGUUUAAUUUUAUUUCAAUAAUUCGCUUGCGCGUAGGGGUCUUUAGCAGUGGGAGGAAACCGGAGGACCCGGAGAAACCCACGAGGCUGGACAGGCGACCCUACUCCUUGUCACGUACAACCGGGGAUUCGAAACCACGCCAGUUGACUCAAUGACAGGCCUUAUGAUACAGCACGCACCUGCUAACCAUUCGGCCCCCCCCCCCUAAAUAAAGAAAAACACAGCCAUGAACUUACCAGUAGACACCAGUGAAUACUCAUUUUGGAUGACGUGGUUUUUCACAUUUUCGCGGCACACUUAGGAAUCAAUGAUUUAUAGGCAUAAUAUUUUCAUGUGUUACAAUAUAAUACUUUCACAAACAUUUUCCUAGCAGUGAUGACAACUAAGACUUUAACAGUCUGUUUCACAGAGGUAAUGCGAAAGCCUUCUUUUAACCCUGUGUACGAAGAUUGGCCUUUAUAAGUUCACACGCAUUCUACGUGUGACGUCACAUCGCACGGCGUCGAUCAUGGGUGUCGAUAGCGCGUGCAUAAACUGGCCGGGGCAGAAUAAUUGUGCCUUUUACUGAUAUUUUUACGCCUUUUAUUUUAUGUAUCCAUGUACACAAAACAGGAAAUAUUUUUUUUAUUCAGAUAUACAUCAAGCAUCUUUAUUUAUUUAUUUACUAAUUCCUAAAAAAAAAUGUUUUAGAAUUUAAUUUUCAGAAAGAAAAAAGUUAAUAGGCCUACUAUGAGCUAAUUAACUCGCACCGAUGUCAUCCUUUUCAGUGAUUGUACUGGUCUAGCGAAUAUUCACUGCUAUCAGUUUUAGAUUUUGAUAGAGUAGUGGUGUUUUUAACGGAACAUAACUUGCCUUCAAAGUUAGAAAUUCGUGAUUUUUAGGAUACCGAUUUAAGGUAAGACACUUAGUUAAGUGGGAAAAUUAAUUAUUUUCACUUAACUUUAAGAAAACCUUGAAUAUGGACCUUGUUCUUUGUAGCGGCUGUAGCAGUGAAUAAGGCGUUGGCUCGCUAACAUUGACCCCCUCCCCUUGUCAGUGGUGCAGGACGGGGGGUGGGGGGGGCUGCAAGAAACAGAGUAGUCGUUCGGAUAGGGUCAAAAACCGGGAUCCCGUGUACACAUUGGCGUGUACGUUAAAAAUAACCUUGGCAGUUGGAAUUCGAAAUAAGAGUAGGACGUAGCGCAGCUGUCCAGGCAAAAUUUCCCUUAUAGCACACUGCAUGACAUUUUCCCGUCUUCAGUAGGACGCAAAACCCCAUUGCAUUUCAUAUUAAUUGUAGUAAUAUCGUCUUGCGACAUUGUUUUUAAAUACAUAGAGAUAUAAGCUUGUUUAAACAAUAUUUGUAUCUUUACAAAUUAUUCUCUAUUGUCAGUAUAUUAUCUAUGGUAUGAGUUUAUUUAAAGGACAAUAUUGGUGCCAGUCAUUAUCACAUAUGUGAUAGAACUGGUUAAACACGUUCCAAAUAUUAUUUUAUCACAGAGAUCAUUGCUACGAUAGAGGCGUAAUCAAUACUUCAACAAUCGGAAAUGGAUUGUCAGAUAUCCUUUCACAGUCUCACACAGCAACUUUUGGUCUUCGAAAGAAUUAUUAGUGGGCAAAAAUUCGUCCAUGUACUACCCGUCACUUCAAUCAGUUAUAUAGAGGGAUAACUCGUGUUUUCCUUUUGCGUUCGUCACUUCCGAUUGUUGAAACAUUCAUUACGCCUCUAUCGUAGCAAUGAUCUCUGUGAUAAAAUAAUAUUUGGAACGUGUUUAACCAGUUCUGUCACAUAUAUGAUAAUGACUGGCACCAAUAUUGUCCUUUAAAACGCAAAUUAAUUGUUUAUGAAAUAGUGUGAGAAUAACAGGAAAGAGGGUCUAAGUUCAAGGAUAGAUUGUGUCAAAAAACAUGUGACUGGAAACUUACCUAUUGCAUCAUUUGGUUUAGUUUGACCAAUCUGUGUAAUUAUUUACAUCAUAUUUGACCAAUUAGAUAAUUGAAGGUCCAAAACCCAAAGCUACAAAACUAUCAUAUUGGUGGGCGCUUGUCAGACAACAGCUUGAUUCCAGAAGGGGAAAGAUGAAACAGUUUCUAUCAGCAGACUCGCCAAGUCUGUCUGGCUAGUGUUUGAGAAUGACUUUAUUCUAUUAUGCAUUGUACAAUAACAUGUAAGCAGCUAUGAUAUAUAAAAUGUAAAAACGAA